AUGAUACAGAAUUAUCAAGAUGCUAUGACCAUAUGUAGAUGGAUUGGUUAUCCAAAUCUUUUUAUUACAUUCACUUGCAACCCUAAAUGGCCAGAGGUUCAAAGGUUCCUAAAGAACAAUAACUUGAAACCUGUUGACCGCCCUGACGUGAUAUGUAGAAUUUUCAAGAUCAAGUUGGAUGCUUUGAUCACCGACUAUCGGAAAAACAAAUUAUUCGGACAAGUUGUUGGAGUCAUAUAUACCAUUGAGUUUCAGAAGAGAGGUCUCCCUCAUGCACACAUUUUACUAUUCCUAGACAAGUUUCAGUAUGAAGAACGACUUCGAUCUCUAGAUUCUAUAAUUUCAGCAGAAAUACCAGACAAAAGUAGCGAUCCAGCCUAUUUCAAUGCAGUUGAGGAAUUUAUGAUCCAUGGCCCAUGUGGAGCAUCAAGAAAGUCUUCUCCCUGUAUGGUUAAUGGCAGUUGUUCUAAACAUUUCCCGAAGAAAUUUGUUAAUUCUUCAACAUUUGAUGAGGAUGGCUACCCUAUCUAUACAAGGAGAGAUAAUGGUAGGACCAUUAUGAAAAACGGGAUUACAUUAGACAACAGGUAUGUGGUACCGCACAAUAGACAUUUAUUGUUGAAGUACAAAGCUCAUAUCAAUGUAGAAUGGUGCAAUCAAUCCCUGUCAAUCAAGUACCUGUUCAAAUAUGUCAAUAAGGGGCAUGAUCAUGUUACAGCUGAAUUCUACAAAACAAGUGAUGAAGAAGAAAGUACAAAGGUUAUUGAUGAAAUUAAUAUGUUCUACGAUUGUAGAUACAUAUCCCCAUGUGAAGCUUCUUGGAGACUGUUUAGCUUUGAUAUACAGUUAAGGUCUCCUUCUGUUGAGCGCCUAAGUUUCCAUCUACCCAAUCAACAAAGUGUUAUAUUUGAAGAUGAUGAUGCUGUUGAUAAUAUAGUAAAUCGACCAACCAUUGCACAAAGCAUGUUUAUGGAGUGGUUUGAAGCUAAUAAGAAUUUUGUACAUUCUAGGAAGUUGACUUAUGCUGAAAUGCCAACAAAAUUUGUUUGGAAGAAAGAUGUUAAGAAAUGGCAACCAAGGCAAAGAGGUUUUGCAAUAGGUCGUAUUUUCUAUGUACCACCUGGUACGGGAGAAAUUUUCUACUUGAGAUGUUUGUUGAAUCAAGUUCGAGGUCCAACCUGUUUUGCAGAUAUAAGGACCGUUGAUGGAGUAGAGUUCAUGAAUUUUCGAGAUGCAUGUUAUGCUCGAGGCUUAGUUGAUGAUGAUAAAGAAUAUGUAGAUGCAAUUGAAGAAGCAAGUGAAUGGGCAUCAGCAUCUAAUCUAAGGAGAUUGUUUGUGACAUUGUUAAUGACUAACUCAAUUGGAAAACCAGAGAUUGUUUGGGAAACAAUUUGGGAGCAUUUGUCAGAAGAUGCCGAAUAUUAUAUAAGAAAGACGCUGCAAAAACCAGAUUUGGUGCUAAACAAUAGCGACAUACAAAAUUUUGCCUUGAUGGAGAUUGAGAAGAUCUUAACUGCUAUGGGUAAGAGUUUGAGUGACUUUGCUCCUAUGCCAACACCAAAUAUUGACAUGUACUCAGUGGCAACAAAUCGUUUGAUACAAGAGGAAUUGGCAUAUGAUUGCGAUAGUAUGAAGUUUGAGAACCAGUUGCUGGUUAAACAGCUGACUAGAGAGCAAAGGGAGAUAUAUGAUGAGAUUAUUGAUGAUAUCGAGAAGAGCAGUGGAGGGUUGUUCUUUGUUUAUGGUGGGCGAACUGCGCAUUUGAGGUUUGCUAUACCUAUUUCGAUUCAUGAAGAUUCAACCUACAACAUAAGUCAAGGUACUCCUUUAGCAGAGUUAAUUAUUCGUUGUAAAUUGAUCAUAUGGGAUGAAGCACCUAUGAUGCACAAACAUUGUUUUGAAGCUUUAGAUAGAACUAUGAGAGAUUUAUUAAGGUGCAAGAAUCCAAAUAGUUUAGAUACGACAUUUGGUGGGAAAAAUGUUAUUUUGGGGGGAGAUUUCAGACAAAUAUUACCAGUAAUACCCAAGGGAACAAGGCAAGACAUUGUUGCUGCAAGUAUAAAUUCUUCAUAUCUAUGGAGAUCAUGUAAAGUGUUUAGGCUAACUCAAAACCUACGCCUAAGACAAAUACAGUCAGAUUUUGAAGCUCAACAGGUUGAAGAAUUUGCAAAAUGGAUAGCUCAAAUUGGUGAUGGAGUUCUUGGUAAUUCCAGAGACGUAGACUUUGAAAUCACCAUUCCAGAUCAGUUUUCACUCAAAAGUAAUGGUGACCCAAUUGCUACAAUUGCUGAAAGUACUUUCCCUAGAUUUCGAAGUGGUCACAAUGAUAUUACAGAUCUACAGAAUAGUGCUAUUUUGGCUCCAACUCUUGACGUUGUGGAUAGCAUCAAUCAAUACAUGAAUGAUCAUAAUUCCGGUGAAGGUAAGACUUAUCUAAGCUGUGACUCUGUAUGCAAGUCAAACUCUAAUGGAGAUAUGUUAUCAAAUUUGCACACUCCUGAGUUUUUAAAUGGUCUGCGUUGUUCUGGAGUACCAAACCAUUCACUUACUUUAAAAGUUGGGUCACCAGUUAUGCUUUUGAGAAAUAUUGACUACAGUUUAGGAUUGUGUAAUGGCACGAGACUUAUUCUUACAAGAUUGGCAAAUCAUGUGUUGGAAGGACAGAUCAUGUGUGGAACGAAUGCAGGAACAAAGGUUUUAAUUCCCAGGAUGUCGUUAACACCUUCAGAUAUCAGAUUGCCAUUUAAAUUUCAAAGGAAACAAUUCCUGUUGAUGCUAUCUUAUGCGAUGACAAUAAAUAAGAGUCAAUGA